AUGGCGUCUGGAAAUGGUUCAUCCUCGAACUCGACCACGCAACCGCCCGUACGACGACAACACAGCGAUACCCACGUGUUUCCUGCCAGAAACUUCCCGGAUUAUGAUGCGAUGAAGCCACAGGGUCUCUCAGAAAGCACAAAAGCCCUCGCCAGACAAGUUCUACAUCCAGAGCUGGCCUCAGGAAAUGAUUAUAGUCCCGGGGUCUUCUCCGGUGGAACAAAAUGGCUACUUGACUCGGUCAAUGAGACCGAGAAGGCCAUGACAACUCCGCGAAAGCCAUCUCUGCUUACGGAGACUGCGGUGAAGAAGCAUAACGACCACGAUCCUCGCAAAAAGCAUCUCGUUCUAGAGACUCCAAGUAAUGAUGGAUCUGGUCGAGAGGAAGAGCAAGAGAACAAGCCAAAACCCGAAGGUAUCGGGCGGACCGAUGCUUGGGUGUCGCAACAGACAGGCGACAGCGAUGUGGCCUCUUGA